CAGCAGCAGAUGAUGCCACCUUUUGGUACCUUGCAGUUCGACCGCCUUCCCUGUUUGCACAUGCAAACCAUCCACACACCACGCGACACACCCUCCAGAUCCAUCACGCCAACCGAUCGGUACUACCAGAUCUCUGGAUUGCCAGGCACACACGCCACAUGUACGUGGGUUGGAUGUGUGAGGUACCUGUGCUGCCGGUAUACUAGCGAACAAGAAGCCGAGUGACCCCUCACGAUAUAACACCACCUCCCAAACAGACCCGGAAACACCGCGGCAAUACUGCGACCAGAUCUGUGCGAUCGCUCCGCAAGAUCCGGAGAGCAGCAAACAGUGCUCCGCGAACUGGUAUAUCACCAGCAGCAGCACGAAGAGCGAGCAGUGGGAGGUCCAGACACAGAGAAGCGGUCGUGGCCCUGCGGAGCAAGUGAGGAGGCGUGAGGAGUAGACGUGCUCGGAACCAGUUUGACACCACUUCCAAGACUUUACUCAUCAUACCCACGGCCCUUUUGCAACCACCCGGCUUGAUUCCGAUACCUCGCUCCAUAUUGCUAGUGAGAGGGGAAAGCGAACAAGAAAAGAGGGGAUCUGAAACUGAAACUCACCAUGUGCCGCUUUCUUAUCUACUCCGGACAGUCGCCCAUUCUCCUUUCCCACCUGAUUACCAGUCCCACGCAUUCGAUCCUUACACAGUCCUACGACUCCCGGCUGAGACUUGAUACUACCCGGCCGCAUAAUGGGGAUGGGUUUGGAGUGGGAUAUUAUACUGCUGGGAGUGGGAGGGUGAAUGGGAGGAAUAGGAGGAGAGGGUCAGGAAGUAAAGAGAAGGAUGAACAGGAUGAUGAUAUCGUUGAUUUGGGACCGGAGCCUUGUAUCUUCACAUCCACGAUCCCGGCCUGGAACUGCAGGAACUUGGAGAGGCUUGCGAGCAAGACUGUCUCUCCGCUCAUCUUUGCCCAUGUACGAGCGAGCACCGAAGGCGCACUGUCCGAUUCCAACUGCCAUCCCUUCGCGAGAGGAGCCUUGAUGUGGAUGCAUAAUGGUGGUAUAGGAGGAUGGAAGCUUGGUGUGAAGAGGAAGCUGGUCAGUGAUGUGGAAGAUAAGUGGUUCAAUGUCGUGCAGGGCUCGACGGAUUCUGAAUGGGCCUUCGCGCUCUUCUUGGACAGCUUGGAGAAAUUUGGAGGCGUGGAUCCGGAUGAUGAAGCAAAGCAAAGAGACGGGUUCGGACACACAGUACUGAGGAAGGCAAUGCUGAAGACGAUCGAGAGGAUCAACUCAUAUAUCUCGGCCUUGUCGCCAGAGGUCAAAGAGGGCGAAGAUGUACGAAGUCUGUUGAACUUCGCCAUUACAGACGGCAAGAGCGUGGUGUGCACACGAUACGUAUCAAGCCAAACGGACGAAGCAGCGAGCUUGUUCUUCAGCAGCGGAACGGACUGGAAGCCUCAGCCUGGGAAAGAUGGCGUCGUAGGAGCGAAGCCGAAGGUCGGAAAGGGUGAAUACAAGAUGGAGAGGAGAGACAAAGGCGCCGAUAUCGUGCUGGUCGCGAGCGAGCCGCUGACCUUUGAACGAGAUAACUGGGUCACAGUGCCGACGAAUAGCGUCUUGACGAUCCACAAUCAGAAUGUUCUCAUUCAUCCUAUCUUGGACGAGCACUACAAUGCAACAUCAAGCUUCAAGAGGAGUGAGCAGUUCGCGGCGGCCAAGGGACAGACAACUGGAGAUGGCAUUGCUGAGAAGAACAGUACGAAGGCUGCCAUAGCGAGGGACAACUCGGUGGAUCACUUGGCCAAUGGCGUCGGAGCUGUCGCUGUGGGUGCUGCGUGAUGUUGCAGGCGCUCCCACACUUGACGCAAGCCAGACUGCAGAGAGAGACGCCUGAUCGGUUCUAAGCAUCUCGUCUUGUCCGCCAAAAGACUUGCGAAGCCGUCGACAAUGCGACCGGACAUAGCGCUUCCCUUCUUGAUCUCGCUCCGGCCAAUGCGCCCUUCAUCAUCCGACCCUGUAUGCUGGCCUCUGUCGGCCCUGGAAAAGAGUUCGGUUAACGUGUUUGAUAAGCAUGUGCAUCAGAUAGGCAUGUGCAUCAACCCAAAAUGCAGCUAAAAUGAGCGUUUUUGAAAUGCGAUUUCUCGACAACGCAAAGAGAUAUAGCCUUAGUACCUUUACUAUAGCUUUUAGAGCGUCCGAUUAUAGGAAUAUCUAAGUCUAGGACUUGCUAUAGUACUACAGCGUUCAGAAACUAGAUAUUAGCCUUAAGAAAGUCGUAGGACUACGAUCUCUAGAUAACUACGGAUGCGAGCUAUACAUUUGACCUGC